AUGGGUACUAAGUCUAUUCGAAAGCUUUCAAGUCAGCCAGAAAACCCAAGAAAACAUUGUCAAGCUAUCACAUUAAGGAGUGGGAAGGUAGUAAACAAUGAGAAGAACGAAAAAAGUGAAAAGAGAGAAAAGGAGAAAGAUGUUGAGGGAGAUGGAAAACAAGAGAGUGAAAAAGAAGAAAGUUCAAGAAAGAGAAAUGAGGAAGUUGAAGAGAAAGAAGAGAAGUAUGAAAUACUCUCAAAUAAGAGAAGACUUGAAGAUCAUGAGACUGUAGCUCCAACAGAAGAGUGUAGUGCCAUACUUCAAAGGAAGCUCCCUCCUAAGCUUAAAGAUCCAAGAAGUUUUUCAAUUCCAUGCCAUAUUAAGGAGUCAUGUUUUGCAAAAACUGUAUGUGAUUUAGGGGCUAGUGUCAGCCUUAUGCCCCUCUCCAUAUAUGAAAAGCUUAAUAUGGGGGAUCUUAAACUAACCCACAUUUCUCUUCAUCUAGCUGACAGAUCAAUCAAGUAUCCAGAAGAGAUUUUAGAUAAUGUGCCUUUGAAGGUUGGAAAGUUCUACAUACCAAUUGAUUUUGUCAUCUUGGACAUGGAAGAAGAUGCUAAUAUUCCAAUUAUUUUGGAGAGGCCCUUCUUAGUUACAGCAAGUGCACUAAUUGAUGUCAAAGUUAAAAAAUUAACUCUUAAAGUUAGGGAUGAUCAACUAGUGUUCAACAUUAAUAACACCAUGAAGAAACAUCAUUCCAAAGCUGAUUCUUAUUUGAGCAUUAAUAUCAUUGAUGAGCUUGUUGAGGAGCAUUUCAAAAAGAGAUAUGCGAAAGAUCCACUUGAAAAUUGCUUAGUUCAUGAAGGAAGCAUAAAUCAUGAUAAUCCUCAUGUGGCUGCAUUUGCUCAACACUUAGAGAGCAGUCCACCAUUUAUUUCAGCAUCAAUUUUACAGCUUGCACAAAAGGAAGAAGUUGAGAUUAAGCAACCAUCAUUCAAGGAGGAAGAUGCACCUAAUGUAGAACUUAAACAACUUCCUUCUCAGUUCAGAACUGCUUAUAAGACUCCCAUUGGCACUACUCCUUUUAGGUUAGUGUAUGGCAAGUCUUGUUAUCUGCUCAUAGAGUUGAAGCAUAAAGCAUAUUUGGCUAUUCAGACCUUGAACUUUGAUCUUAAGCAAGCUAGUGAGAGAAGAUUAUUACAACUCAAUGAGCUUGAGGAGUUAAGAAGAGAUGCCUAUGAAAAUGCUUGCAUAUAUAAGGAAAGAACCAAGGCUUGGCAUGAUAGGCAUAUUAGGAAGAAAGAGUUUAAAGAAGGUGACCUAGUUUUAUUGUUCAAUUCUAUAUUGAAAAUGUUCCCAGGGAAACUCAAGUCUAGAUGGACUAGUUCCUACAGAGUUGUUAGGAUUUUCCCUCAUGGAGCUGUUGAACUUUGGAGUGAGAGAUCAGGGAAUUUUAAGGUUAAUGGUCAUAGGUUAAAACAUUACAUCACUGGAGAGCCACUUGAAAGAGUAGGCUGUUACAAGCUCUCUGAUCCUACACCUCCAUUUUAG